AUGCUCAUCCGUGUAUCGUUGACGGCAUGCGCGCAUGUCCGCUGCCAUGCAUCACGCAGCAGCUUCCUGCUUAAGCAAAUUAUUUCCUAUAACCAGACCCAACAUCGAAGACUAUCAUCUCUCUCCAACUCGAAUCAAUUAGACCUAAAAAAUGGAUCAAAUCUCUUUCGAGCUCUUACAACACACAAACCAAGCAGUCUAGCGGUAAAGCACACUCAAUCAGGCCGCAGAUUCACCUACGCCGAUUUAAACAGAGAUAUCACUCAAUCACGAGAACGACUUAUACAAAAGUCCAACACAGCUAGAUUAUCAUCUCUGAAGGGUGAAAGAGUCGCCUUUGUAGCGGAGAAUGAUUACGAUUCUGUGGUAAUGCUAUUUUCUAUCCUGGCUAGUGAUGCAAUUGCAUUACCGGUGUCACCUUCAUUUCCAUACCCGGAAAUUGAGUACAUACUCAAUAAUGCAGAUGCGAGGAUGCUACUUUCUACGGAGAGAAGUGGGAGUAUAGCAGAUUUGUUUAUGCGUCGGGAUGACUUGAUCGUGGAUGUGAGAGAGGCUAUAAUGGGAAGCAAUAGUCAGCGGGAGGAAUCGUUAGGACAAAUCGAUUUUCCUGAUGUGCAGGACUCGAAUGGAGGACUUAUGUUGUAUACUUCUGGGACUACGAAUCGACCGAAAGGUGUCUUUAUACCGUUAUCGGCAUUACAAGCUCAAGCGCAGUCAUUGAUUGAAGCAUGGGAGUACUCUCCGAAAGAUCAUUUACUGCAUUUACUUCCAUUGCAUCAUAUCCACGGCAUUGUAAAUGCGCUCCUCGUCCCUGCUCUCGCCGGCUCAGCGAUCGAGUUUAUGCAUCCGUCAAGUCCGGAUGCAAUAUGGCGUCGAUUAGCUGAACCAUUCUUACCGAACCAAAAGCCUGGACCGGAAAAGAUAAAUUUCUUGACAGGCGUACCUACUUUAUACACACGACUAAUGUCGUAUCUCUCUGAAUUACCUACCGAGGUUCAAACCGCGGCAAAGCAGGCUAUUUCCCCAGAUAAUCUACGACUAAAUAUCUCUGGAUCAGCGGCGUUACCAACACCCACGAAAAGUGCAUGGACGGAAUUGAGUAGUGGGAACGUUCUACUUGAACGCUACGGUAUGACUGAAGUCGGGAUGGCGAUUAGCUGUGGAUUAGAUUUUAAAGAUCGUGUUGAUGGUAGCGUGGGAUGGCCGCUACCGUCUGUUGAAGCUCGGUUGUGGGAUACAGAUAAAGAGGAGGUUAUUCAUCCUGGUGAGGAGAUUGAUAAGGAGACGGGUCGCGAGCGAGUAGGAGAGAUACAACUACGAGGACCGACGAUUUUCCGCGAGUAUUGGGAUAAUCCCAAAGCUACUUCGGAAUCUUUCGUCGAAGGUGACGAUGGCAAGGGAGCUUGGUUUCGGACGGGUGACGUUGCAGUGCGGAGAGUAGUCAAGGACAGCGGGAAAGGGAGCAGUGGUGGCUGGGCCCAGGGACCUAUGUAUUUCAUUCAGGGUCGUUUGAGUGUGGAUAUCAUCAAGACAGGAGGAGAGAAAGUCAGCUCCCUUGAAGUUGAGCGCGAGUUGUUAUCACUGCCUGAAAUCGCCGAAGCAGCUGUCGUCGGUCUUCCAUCUGAGACAUGGGGACAGAAAGUGGCCGCAGUCAUCGUCCUGAAAGUUCAGAGCACAACACAAGGGAAUAGCAAGGACAGUAACAACAAAUACAAGCGAGGGGGUAUUAUGCAUCUGCGUCGAGCCUUGAGUGAUCGCCUAGCAGCAUAUAAACUGCCGCAGGAAGUCAAGGUUUUGUCUGGACCGAUUCCGAGGAAUGCAAUGGGCAAGGUGAAUAAGAAGAUGCUUGUGAAGGAGGUUUUUGGCAGUUAG